AUGGAAUACCUCCUCUACCCACACUCCUAUAACUUUUUUUCAAAAACGCGGGCCAUUAAUAUACAAUUUUUCCUUUGGUAUUGAUAAACAAUAUUUUUAUAAACAAUUAAUGGAAAUUUGAAAAACUAGUAAAAAUAUCGCGUUUCUACUUAUAUGACCACGGGUAUAUAUGUACAUACAAUAAUCAGAGUUUAGCUCAGAAUUAUUAAAUUACUUUUGCGAAGCUUAAAAAAAUUUUAUAUUUUGAAACGGACUACGUUAUUAUAACAACGCGUCUUCGUCUGGCAAAGUUAAUCCUCUACAUUAAUUAAGAAUUCAUCAAACAACUGAUAAAAACAGACGAAAGUAGCUAUUUACCUAAAAUAAAAAAGAUAAAAUAUAAAUACAUAUGGUAAGAAAUGCGGUGUCACGAAAGCCACAGGUCGUAAGCGGCUUUUUAUUGUUGAUCAUUACGAUUGCAGACAUGUCGGCGGAAGGUAGUAUCAGCCCGGAUAACAAAAUCGGGGAAUGUGCUGUUCCUACAGCAGAAGCUGGGGAAUCCCUAGCGUACUUUGGAACCGAUAAACUCUCGCAUGUACACGAGGAUCUGGCUCGGUAUGAUCACUACCGUGUAUACAAUGUUGAGCUGGAUACAGAUCAGCACGUCGACAUUUUCCAAAAAAUGGAGCAGCAGAGUGAUAGUUUAACUUUUAUGGGGCAUGCGCGUGAAAUUGGCCAGAAACUGACCAUUUUGGUAGCCGCGCAUAAAGUGGCUGAUUUUGCAGAUUUGCUGAAGACAUACGGGGUAAAGCAUCGCAUAUUGACAUUUAACUUCCAGGAGAAAAUCGACCGCAAUAUUAAAGAAGUUCUGCCCGCUGACACUGCAGCUCCUGCGCUCGACUGGCGACACUUCUUCCAUUUGAAAACUAUUUAUGCGUGGUUGGAAUAUAUGGUAGAUCAAUAUCCCAAAGAUUUGUCCUUAAUUGAAAUGGGCAACAGUACGCAAGGUGUCCCCAUUAAGGGUUUAAAACUAUCACGAAACGCUUCCAACAAAGCUAUUUUCAUAGAGAGUGGCAUCCAUGCACGCGAAUGGAUUGCACCCGCCGUAGCUACAUACCUUAUCAACGAGCUGCUAACCUCUAAGGAAGAAGCAGUGCAAACGUUAGCAAAUAACUACAACUGGAUUGUAUUUCCUUCUGUAAACCCAGACGGCUAUAAAUAUACAUUCGAACAUGACCGUAUGUGGCGUAAAAAUCGGCAAUUAUUUGGCAUAUGCCGUGGUGUUGACUUGAAUCGCAACUAUCCGGAUCACUGGAAUACCACCGGUGCUAGUGGAGACCCAUGCCGUUAUGAUUACUCUGGUCCAAGUGAAGGUAGUGAAAUUGAAACUAAGCGUUUGACAGAUUUCCUUCAGGCACACGUGGAUAAGGAGCAAAUUAGAACAUAUAUAGCAUUGCAUUCCUAUUCACAAAUGAUUAUGUUCCCAUAUGGCUACACUAAAAAACAUGUAUCCAACUAUGAUGAUUUACAAGAGUUUGGUCGUAAUGCUGUCGGGGGUAUACGAGAAUUAACUGGUCGUAAUUAUACUAGCGGUAGUAUAAUUGAAACGAUUUAUCCCUCAAGUGGCGGCAGCAUGGACUGGGCUUACAGCAAAAUGAAUAUACCAAUUGCAUACACUUUCGAGUUGAGAGGGCCACCAGAUAGUUCGGACAUGUUUAUAUUACCUGCCAAUGAGAUUGAGCCUACGGCCCAAGAAGCGUUCGUUGCCAUUAGAACAAUCAUAGAAGGAGCCACAAAGAAGGGUUACUUCAAUUAAUUUUUUAGAAGACCAUUUGAGCAUUUGUAAAUUAUAAAGCAAAAUAUAGCAAAGCACAAACACAUA